CCUUCACCGGCAGGUGCAUCAUAAUACAGGUAAACUCCGUCAAUGAACAGUCACUAUCUUAUAUGAUAAUCUCUACUCCAACAUAUAUAUAUCUCUUGAAUCUAAAAUACCAUGGAUCUCAACCACCGACCCAUCCUUCUACUCCUAUCACCCCUUGACCCCAACCUCUCACAAUGAACCGAACCUUCAUCCCCGUCUGGGUCAUCGUCCACGUCGAGCACAAAUGGACCUCCAGGCUCAACAUGUACGUGCACAUCCUGCGCGCCCUAGCCGAUGACAACUUCAGCAUCGUGACGCACCAUUACAGUCUCGGCCCGGAAUUGGUCAACGGCGGGUAUGUCAUCCCCGUGCAGGCCCAGGGCCAUAUUCCUGUUUAUGACCAGCGGCCGCUGAUUCGGAGGAUGGCCGAGACUUGGGUUCAUGAGCUUUAUCAGCAUGCGAGAGAGGAGGAGCAAAGAGAUUCGAAUUCCCUGCCGGUUGAGCAGUCUCGGUCGUCUGAGACGGCUCAGACGGGGCAGGGCGCUCAGGUCGCUCAGCCCUCGCAGACAUAUCGGCCAUAUCGACCACCUCAGCCCGCUCAGCCUUCUCAUGCACCACCGGGUGGGUAUCGGCCAUACCGUCCACCUGCCAGCUAGAGGUAGUCACCAUGGCACAGUUGAAGUGAAAUGCCUGAUGUGUGUUGCUUUGCUUUCUGGGUGGCUGUAUUAACCUUGGCCUUGUUGGUUUUGUUUCGAGGACUUUGUGGCAUGAAAAAGUUGAAUCUGAGUUCAGAAAGGAAAGGGAG